GAUUCGCAAACUGGGCUCCGAAGUCAGUUCAGGCAUCGGUUUCCUCGAAGUCUCGAUCCCUGUCAGUCAGGUAAGCGUUCUUCUUCUUAUCCUAGUUCUUUUUGAGUUUGUCGUCUUCUUCUUCCUUUUUCUUUAUGCUUUCGCGACGGCGGAAUGGACAUUUGUACAGAGGUUCGAUUGUUGACGCAUGAAUGGAACAUGUUUGAAGACGAUUAAAUCAAAAUUUCCCUUCAUUUAAGUACCCAUGUAGUCUUUUCUCUGUAUUUGGGGUUAACUAACUAGCCUAGGCUUGUCUUCUUUAUUUGGGUAGUCUGCUUCUGACAUUGAUCGGAUUUCCAGAUUCGCUCACUACUGAGACUGCAUCACUUCCUUAAUCUGGAUUCUAUUAGUCCAGAUUCAGUCUAAGCAUUAGGAUGAAGCUAAAGGUAGUAUUACGCAAAGUCCGUGACUAUGUCCGCUACGAUCUGAAGGAGAUUGCUUUUCCUUCGUCUUUACCUGAUCCUCCACAUAUAAAAAAGCGGCGGAAGCUCACAUACUAUGAAUGGUUUCUUGUAGUGAAGGAAGGAUCGAGAAUUUAUGGUGCAAGUUGGGUAAGAGAUAUUGGACCUGAACUUCGGCCAAAUGAAUAUAAGAAAGAAGAAGAAGAAGAAGUGAGUGAAGAAGGAAAGACUAGUGUUGAUACUAGGAAAGGGAAUGAGCCUUCUUCUACAUUGGAAGAUCUUGCUGUAGCUGCUAGAGGUGGCAUGGAAACACUUAGGCCAGCUUUACAGCGUUUGUAUAUGACAAGAGCUUCUUCAUAUAAAGAUGCCUUGCAGAAAUUCAUACUAGGUUAUCAAGAAGGUAUACAGCAAGUUAUGGACAUGAAGAAGAAGAAACAAGAAGAUUCUGACCAACCCAACACCCACCAAUAAUAGUAAAACAAGUUGAUUGAUCUCAUCCAAUGGGCAGCAUGUAAAACUGAUCCAGCAGAGAACACAUCUUCUUCAUCAGGGGUUGAUGAGAUCUCAAACUGUUUGAUUUGGUGAUUCGAUCAUAAAUUGCAGCAGCCAACAUCUUUAGAUUUGAGAUUAGAAGAAGCUGAUCAAGAAGAAGUCUUCACUCAUGGCAAAAUAUCUACUCUUCACAAUAUGCUCUUGUGGUUGAAAGUAUGUCUCAUACAAAUCUAUGGAACCCUGUGUAUAUUAUUUAAUUAAACAAUUCAUAGAUUUCAAGACUGUAGGAUUCGUCUUUAAUCUAUCCAUCUAUUUGCCUUUGA